GACUUGUAUAAUAUUUUGAGUUGCUGCAAACCUUCAAUCUAUUCCGAAUGGUCUCUCGAACGGUGUCGGCGUCGCUUGGGCGUGUUCUCAGGAGCGCAGCGCGCAAUCCUAGGUCUUUACGGUCAUUCGCGACCGCUGCAAACGUUCCCUCACCCAUUACAGAAGUUACAACGCUUCCGAAUGGCUUGACGGUCGCGACAGAGGCUCACUCACAUGCUCAGACAGCGACCGUCGGUGUAUGGAUUGAUGCUGGUUCACGAGCUGAGACCGACAAAACCAAUGGAACCGCUCACUUCCUUGAACACAUGGCUUUUAAAGGCACCAACCGACGGAGCCAAUCUGCUCUCGAGCUUCAGGUCGAGAACCUUGGCGCGCAUCUGAAUGCUUAUACUUCGCGAGAGCAAACUGUAUACUACGCAAAGAGUUUCCGCAAGGACGUUGCUGCUUCCGUCGACAUUAUCAGUGAUAUCUUGCAAAACUCAAAAUUGGACUCCUCAGCAGUUGAGAGAGAACGAGAUGUCAUCUUGCGGGAGCAACAAGAGGUUGACAAGCAACUUGAGGAAGUUGUUUUUGACCACUUGCAUGCUGUUGCCUACCAAGGCCAGCCUCUUGGCAGGACUAUCCUCGGCCCCAAAGCCAAUAUCCUCUCAAUCAAACGCGAUGACCUUUCUUCGUACAUCAAAACCAACUACACCACUGACCGCAUGGUCCCUAAGCUAGUGAAGCUCGCAGAAACACACUUCUCAUCUCUCCCCGUUUCCUCGAACCCCAUCCCUCUAGGCAAGCUUGCACAUGCUAAGUCUGGCUUUGUUGGUGCAGACGUUCGUAUUCGUGACGAUGAUGUUCCUUGCGCUCACGUUGCCAUCGCUGUCGAGGGUGUCGGCUGGAGCUCGCCCGACUACUUCCCUAUGCUCGUAAUGCAAUCCAUCUUUGGUAACUGGGAUCGUUCUCUCGGUGCCUCUCCCCUCCUCUCCUCCCGCCUCUCCCACAUAAUCUCAUCCAACAACCUCGCGAACAGCUUCAUGUCCUUCUCCACUUCCUACUCUGACACCGGUCUUUGGGGCAUCUAUCUCGUUUCAGAAAACGUGAUGAACCUCGAUGAUAUGACUCAUUUCACCUUGAAGGAAUGGACCAGAAUGUCCAUGGCGCCUACUGACGUCGAAGUCGAAAGGGCAAAGAGUCAACUCAAGGCUGGCUUAUUGCUCAGUUUAGAUGGUACCACAGCCAUUGCGGAAGACAUUGGCAGACAGCUCGUUACCACUGGACGCCGCAUGACGCCUCAACAAAUCGAAAGCGCAGUUGAUGCUGUUACGCCCGAUGAAAUCAAGCGUGUCGCGCAGAAGUACCUUUGGGAUAAGGACAUUGCUGUUGCUGCCCUCGGUCCCAUUGAGGGUCUGUUGGAUUACAACCGUAUCCGCUCAGACAUGUCCUCUCUUAUCUACUAAUCUGCGAGGUACAGAGUCACCUAGUCCUCGCGGUUCCUGUGGCCAGUCAUUUGGUAGCGCAGUUAUGAUGAGGUCGUAGCUCGGGUCUUAGUAUAGAUAAUACUGUUGUGCACCGGUUUUUAUUCUGAGUAGACCAUGGAAUGAAAAUUGUUAAUAAUUCUUUCUUUU